AUGAACUAUUAUGAAUAUAAAUUAGAUGUUGAUGAUGUUUAUUAAUGUUAACAAUUAAUAGAUAUGAUUUAAAAGCUUAGAAUUCAAGUUAAUAAAGAGGCUGAUGAAAUUGAGAAAUUAAUCAAUCUAAAAAUUUAAGAAUGCUUUAAAUUAAGAGAUUAGUAUAAAUUAGAAUAAUAUGAAUAAAUUUUCAAUAAUCAUGAUCUUAUUACAUUUGAGAAUCAAUUUAAUAACUUAACAAAACAAUCAUUAAAUAUACUUUUUACAACCAAUAAUAAAUUGGAAUACAUUAAGACAGAUCAUUUCAAAUUUUUAAAUAUCUAACCAGCGAUAAUGAAAUUAAAGGAAAUUAUAUAAUAAUUAAGUUUUAAUUUUGAUAUUGCUAAGAGAAUGAUUUUAGGAAAAAAUCCUAUAAACAAUGUUAAUAUAGCAAUUAAAGAAAUUUGGAAACAUUAAACUAUAGCCAAAAAUGGAGAUAAAUUUAAGACAUUUACUUUCAAAAAGAAUUAAGGAUUUGCAGAAGUAUUUUUAUGUAAAUCUAGUUUUGAAUUAAAUGGAAUAUAUCAUGCAUAAUUAUUUACCGGAAUCAAUAAUGAGGGUAAACAAUUUGAUUGUUAAAAGGAUAUACAUUAUCUACAAUUUUCUAUUCAUGAAGGUCUUGAUUUAUCAUCAUAUUACUACAGAUAAGAAUUAGAAUUAAAUCAUUAGAAAUUAACUCAAAAAGAUUAACUCUAUUAAAUUAUGCUUAAUUAAUCAAUAUUACUUAAAAAAGGUGUUAUUUAUACUAUAAGUCUGAUACCAAUAAAUAAUUAAAAUUUUAGUACAUAUAUGUUUACAGGUAAAUAAGGAGAAUCUUAAUAAUGUUUAAAAUUUUUAGAUAAAUAAAUUGAUCUUAUUGAUUAAACUAUUAUUGCUUAAUAAUAAUCUAAUUAAUCUCCAAUUCCUGGAUUUAUGAUUAAUAUUUGA